AUCCCUCUGGGCUCUCGGAUCAUCACGCCUCCCCUUGUUCAUGAGUUCUACAUAUCAGGAUGUUUGCAAGAUGCUCUGCAAGAUGAUUUGCAUAUGAGUGCUGGGCGUAGUUCAAGGUAUGGAUGUGUUAUUCUUAUGGGGAACAGGUGGUUCCUGUUGAACUGCAUUUGACCCAGAUAGUGCUGCAUCUUUUUAAAACAUGUGUGGUGUUGUGACUUAUACAUGUUGUUCGUGCAUGACACGUCAUCACGCUGCGCCGCCUCGUGCAGAAGAAGCUUGUUCGAGCGGUGCAGCGUCAAUUCCAAAUACUGCUGUGAGGGGUUUGACAGGAAGUACGGAUUUGACUCAUUCAGCGUCCAUGGACUCAGAAGCGAGUGAUUCUCCGGCUCCGAGCCGGGCACCUGUAGCUGAAGUGUUCAACUCCAUCCGGGAGCGAGCGAUCGCGGAGAACAGCAUGGUGGUCCUGCUGCAGGGUCUGCAGGGAGAGGUGACCACGGUGGACCUGAGGAACGAGAGCACGGCGCGCGGCCGCGUGGUCAACGUGGACGCGUUCAUGAACGUGCGUCUGGAGGACGUGCUGUACAGGGACAGACGGGGCAAACUCACCGAGCUCCAGGACCUGUUCAUCACGGGCAGGAACGUCCGCUACGUCCACAUCCCGGACCACGUGGACAUAAUGAAGACCAUGCAGAGCCAGCUGGCCAAGAUCCACCGGGUCCGCAACUUCGCCAGUCACGGAGGAGGCCGGAAAGAGUACGCCAAGAAAACGAAAUGACCUCUUUUCUUUUUUGUGGAAGGAUGAAAAAAUAAAAACUAAGUUGAGUUUGGCAAGACUCCUACAACAAUACUUCUUCUUUGCAGAUUUAGCUGGCUCAGGGGAUCGGAAUGAAAAAAGUCAGCAAUGCAAGAACACUUUCUUUCUGACUUUUUUUCUCAUUCGAUUGUGUAGAAAUAGUGUUUUCCUUCAUCACAGGCCUCUGACAACAUCCCCCUGUUUGAACUGCUCUCAACUCGAGCACACGAGACCCCGACCUGUGAUGACUUUGGGCCAUGAGAUGAGAAGGAUCUCAUUUCUCUUUUUACAGUUGUUUUUUUCCUUAUUACUUUAUUACUUUUUAUUGAAUGGUCUGCAGAAUGACCCCACACAGUGACCAUGAUAACUUCCCUGAGCACAAGUUGUUCUCUACAUCUUCACAUUGUGUGAAGCUGGUGACUAUUUUGGGAAUGUUUCUUCUUCAAAAACAUUUUUUUGUUUUUCAAAAAACAUUUUAUUUCAAUUGAUUACUUGGCUCAUAGUUGCAGCUCUACGCACAACCUCUGCGAGGAACUGCUGGACUGGAGUUUGGAAUUGACACACAAUACCCUUUUUC